UCACGUCCGGUUAUCUGUCGCUUCCGGAUGCGGUGGGACGGUGUAGAAAACAUCGCACUUCUAAGGAUUAAUAAAUUACACACGCAGUCGACCGAGUCACCGGAGACGAUUUUAGUUACUUUGAUGGCUUUGAUUAGGAGAAUAGAAACCCUUGAAGUCACCUGAUUUUGUACUGAAGUUGCUCGUGAGCUCAUCGUUUUCGUGUUUACGUCUUGCUAGCUUAGCCCCGGUUAGCUUGUUUAAAUGUCCGGUGCGCAGACCGCUUCUGGCUCUGAGGAUCCUCCGUGCGACGCGGACAAACAGCGCCGGGACUCGGUCUGCGAUCAGCCGAGGUGAAGGGCAUCUGCCCCGGGUCAUUUCUACGGACGAGCCGGUUCUCCACUUAACAGGGAAGGAUGAAUGGCCUGUCUCUCAGCGAGCUCUGCUGCCUGUUCUGCUGCCCGCCCUGCCCGAGCCGCAUUGCAGCCAAGCUGGCCUUCCUGCCCCCGGACCCCUCCUACACCUUUCUGCCAGACCCGGAGGUGGCCCCCGCCGCGCCCUGCGGAACGCAGGCCCAGCGCUCGCAGACCGGAGCGGCGUCCACGGCCGGAAGCGGGAGCUCGGUCGCCGCGGAGGGGAGGUGGAAGCUUCACCUGGCGGAGAGGGCCGACUUUCAGUACGGCCAGGCGGAGCUGGACAUGAUGGAGGUGCUGUACACUCGCUCCAGCAGGGGGAACAGGAUCGGCUGCAUGUUCAUCCGCUGUGCCCCCAAUGCCAGAUUCACCGUGCUCUUCUCCCACGGCAACGCCGUCGACCUCGGCCAGAUGAGCAGCUUCUACAUCGGCCUUGGAACGCGAAUCAACUGCAACAUCUUCUCCUACGACUACUCAGGCUACGGCGUCAGCAGCGGGAAACCUUCAGAGAAGGAUCUGUACGCCGACGUGGACGCCGCCUGGCACGCCCUGAGGACGCGGUUCUGCAUAAGCCCGGAGAACAUCAUCCUGUACGGCCAGAGCAUCGGAACGGUUCCCACCGUGGAUCUGGCCUCCAGGUACGAGUGUGCCGCCGUGAUCCUCCACUCGCCUCUGACGUCCGGCAUGAGAGUGGCUUUUCCGGAAACAAAGGAGACCUACUGCUUCGAUGCUUUUCCCAACAUCGAGAAAGUGUCCAAGAUCACUUCUCCGGUGCUCAUCAUUCACGGAACCGAAGACGAGGUGAUCGACUUCUCGCACGGCCUGGCGCUGUUCGAGCGCUGCCCCAAAGCCGUGGAGCCGCUGUGGGUGGAGGGGGCGGGGCACAACGACAUCGAACUGUACAGCCAGUACCUGGAGCGCCUGCGCCGCUUCAUCCUGCAGGAGCUGGCGGUGCAGCAUCCCUGACGUCCGCCCUGCUGUCUUCCUGCGCCCCGAAGAGGUCGUCGGGCCGCAGAUCGCCUGACCACAGAACAAAGACUGGAGGAGACAACCUGACGGACCGGGGCGGUCACUGAAGGCCCGUUUGUUCUCUGGUUCCGGUCUUUUGGUUUUGGUGUUCUCACGUGAAGACCUUUAGCUUUUAUCCUUCUGCUCAGGUAACGGUUGUUUCAGCGUCUUCUCCACCUUCAGAAGGUGCAGGAAACGCUUCAGCCGAUGGUUUUGGCAGCGACGACUGCAGCUAGCUUUAGGUUCCACCUCAUCAUCAAACCCGGCGAUGAAGAUCCAUCGUUGGGUUUCAUCCUCUCAGAACUUCCUGCUCCUGUCAGGAACGGGCCUCGCCCCGCCUGACUAUUCCUGAUUGAAUGUUUCCCCUUUUUUAAAAAUAAAAAUAGAUUCAAGUUUGAGAUUUCCAUGAAGUUUUGGUUCAAAAACACUCAACAGUUUUCUAACUUUGUAAAGCAAAAGCACGGUCGGACGUUUUCCAGCGUUUUUUCUAACGAACAGAAGAAAAACUUUAUUGACAGCUUUGCCUGCAGCAGCAGAAACACUGCCUGCACUUUCUCAACUUAAGGAAAACUGGACUUUUCCAAAAGGAGAUCAUCGUUUAGGUUCUGUCUGUUUUUGUUUUGUUUCUGGGUUCUGGUACCCCCCAGAGGCCGGAUCCACUAUUCAGCUGGAAGCUGCAGCGUUUUCCUCUGCAAGAUUUUUUUCUUUUAUGGGAAUAAAACAAUAAACGUCACCAAAGUCUGAAUUGAAAACCAAAAGCAUCUUCUUAAAGUGGGAAACCUCCGUCUGCUGAAGGCCAGCAGGCUGCUGUGAUGAUGGACUCUUGAUGGUUUUUGCUGAUGACUGUUGUGAAAAACUUCAGGUCCGCUUUUCUAUUUAUUUACCAAAGUUCUGAUUUUUACAGAAUCGUCCUGCAAAAAGGAAAUCCAGAAAAGGCCUUUGGUCCUAGAUAGUCUUUUAUCUCCAACCUGAAUCCGUGUGGAUCGUCUGAUUCUGUUUUUCAUCACGUCGGCUUUCAGAAAGUCAUGGAGACAUGAAACCAAACUGUAGCUUUCAUCAUCGGAAAUCCAAACCUCUGAGUUUUAGGGAAGUUUGAGGAGCUUGGUUUGAUGCAAAAGCGUCGGGAAUCACGUUCAUAUCUUCUCCCUAAUCAUAGUUUAUGACUUUACAACUUCUUAGUUUUGAAAAUUUUUUCUUUCUUUCUGUGGAUUAAAGAGAAAAAGUCAAUAAAAUAUUUUGUGUGUUUCUUGUCAAAA